UGUGUCCGCAUCGGGCUGUGAGGGCGUGGGGCUGUGGUGCCCUGGAUGGGGGAGGGCAUCCCGCUGUGCGACUCCGGUCGGUGCCUGAGGUCCCCAAGUGCGCGCGCCACUGAUCACGCCCGGGGUUGCCGUGGGUUUGUUUGCGCUGUGUGUGUGUGUGUGUGUGUCCGUCCACGUAGGGGCAGAGUGGUUGUGCAUUACAUGUGUGUGUCAGUGCCUGGGGAUGAGUCUCUUGUGUGUCUGUGUGUUUGGACAGUGUGUGCGCAUAGGGGUUUGCUAUGUGCGCGCAGAUCUGAAGGCGAGUGUGUGUGUGACUGGGUUUGUGUGUGUGUCCCCAAGCAUGUGUGCGUUUGUCUCUGAGCGUGAUGAGUGUGUAAAUACCUGUGUGUGUGUGUCUGGUGUGGGGGGGUGUCUAGGUCUGUGGGACUUGUGAGUUUGUCUCUGGUUUGGUGUGAGCAUGCAAAUGAGUGUGUAUGUGUCAGCGUGUAGGCCUGUGUGUCUGUCUCCUUGAGUAGUCUGUGUAUGUAUGUGUGUGUUUCUGUUUGUGUAGGCCCCGGGUGCGUGUAUUUGUGUGUCCGCGUGUUUCUCUGUCUUGUCCCGUGUGUGCGCGUGUAAAUGAGUGUGUGCUUACACAUGUCUGGGAGUGUGUGGUUGUGUGUCUCCAUGUGUUUGUCUCCGGGUGUGUGAGUGUGCACUGAGCCUGUCGGCGUGUGUGUCUGCGGUGGAGGCGUCCUACGUCUUUUGUGGGUCUACAGUGCCCGAGCGCCGGUCUCUGGUUGCGCGGGGUGUGUGUCGCUGCCAGUGUGUGUUUGUGUGUCUGGGUGUGGGAGUGGCGCCGCCCACUUCCCCUGAGUUGGUCAGUGAGGCCACAGCCGUCUGUCUCAGGGUGUCUCCAGCGGUCGGGCUCAGGGCCUUUAAUUAGCGGCCGGUUGUGGGGGACCAGCCCGGGCGCCGGCCCCCUCCUCCCGCAGGCCCCGGCUGGGCCUUUGUCUGCUCUCCGGCAGGGACUGCCUCCUGCCGGCCCGGCCAGAUGUGCAGCCGGGAGGAGGCCGGCAGGCUGGGGCCUCUGCCUGGGGAGACGCGGCCUUGGCCUCCACGGGGGACCGUCCGUCGGCCCUGCCCCGCAGCCUGGCCGGAGAGGUUUGGGUGUGGAGCUUAGGGUCCCUUCAGGAUCCCCGGGAUGGGAUGGGAUGGGACAGAGCCUCUGUUUCUAAGCCAUUUCCAUUUCCCGGAGGCAUUUCCUCCUCCAGGCCUGGCACCCUCCCCCACACUGGCCACCUCCCUCCUGCCUUCGGGGAGGAGGGGUUGGAGGAAUGGCCAGGCCUGGGUACACACACACACACACACACACAGGGUCACACACACUCAAAAGCCAUAAUGCACAUGCAGUCACACGCUGACAGUCACACACACUCACAUACAUGCUGUAAUGUACAUGCAGUCACACACACACGCCACAGUGCAGAUCCCUCACUGACAUCCUGUUGGCCACCACCGUCUCUGUCCCUGAGCCUCUCUCAAGCUUCAUCUUUGGCCCCAGACCCACUGCCUUGUUCAUGUCCCCCCACCACCCGGUGCCCUGGGCUGUGUCACACCUCGACACCACCCUGUGGGCUGGGCCCCAGCUCAGACGCCUGUGAGCCUUCUGCAGACCCCCCUCCUCCCCCUACCCCAUACACUGUGCACAGGUGAGUCCCCUUCCCCUGUCCUCACCCCCUAUGCUGGGUCCUUCCACAAUGUCCCAAGCCUUGUCCCUCACACCCCACCUGAGCCCAAAGCACAGAAGGGGGUGUGAGGGUUUUGGGAGGAGCACCUCACUUCAGAGGACAGUGAUGAGGACUGAGGGUCUUAGGGGGACCGGGACAGACCCAAAGACACUCUAGACAAGACCAGAGAGAGCCCCUGAAGGAGGAGGAUGGGGCACCAGGCCUGGCAGUGCAAGAACAGGAGAGGAGGGAGGGAGCCAAUGGGAGAAAGGGGUGAGGUCCCUGCUUCACUUGCAAUGAGAAUGUUCCUACCUUUCAGGGGUGGCUUAGUGCAGGAGCGGGGGUCAGAGGUACCCAACCAGGAAGGGCCUUGAUCUGGGAGUUGGUUGACACUUCCAAAGAAGGAAUAGGGAAGAAGCAGCAAGAAUAGAGGGAGAGGGAGAGGAGGUGGGUUUUUGUUGGAGGGGUUCAUUAGGAACAGAAGAAAGAAGAAGUCUAAGAGGAAGUUCUCCAGGGGCAGAGAGAGGGUCAGAAUUUCCUCAGUGAUCCCUCAACUACAGACCCAGCUCAGUGCUGAAGACCAGCCCGGCUCCUCCUCUUUGACCCCUCCCUGCCCAGGCUCCAAGUAAGAAGAAACCAAGGCCCAGAGAGGGAGGCCCAGGUGCAGGGAGCAGGCGAGGGAAGGAUCCGUACAGGGGCCCAACACUACUCCACCAACCGAAGUCCCCAAAAGGAGCCCGGUGAUGCUGCGAAGGCUGUGAACGGGGGAGGCGGCACUGUGGGGGCUGCCGGCAGCCGGGGCUGGGGAGAGACAUGUGGACACGUGGCCUCUAUGGCUCCCGCCUGCCAGAUCCUCCGCUGGGCCCUCGCCCUGGGGCUGGGCCUCAUGUUCGAGGUCACGCACGCCUUCCGGUCUCAAGGGCACGUCUCCGUGGAGUACUGGACACGGGAGGGCCUGGCCUGGCAGAGGGCGGCCCGGCCCCACUGCCUCUACGCUGGUCACCUGCAGGGCCAGGCCAGCAGCUCCCAUGUGGCCAUCAGCACCUGUGGAGGCCUGCACGGCCUGAUUGUGGCAGAUGAGGAAGAGUACCUGAUUGAGCCCCUGCACGGUGGGCCCAAGGGUUCUCGGGGCCCGGAGGAAAGUGGACCACAUGUGGUGUACAAGCGUUCCUCUCUGCGUCACCCCCACCUGGACACAGCCUGUGGAGUGAGAGAUGAGAAACCGUGGAAAGGGCGGCCAUGGUGGCUGCGGACCUUGAAGCCACCGCCUGCCAGGCCCCUGGGGAAUGAAACAGAGCGUGGCCAGCCAGGCCUGAAGCGAUCGGUCAGCCGAGAGCGCUACGUGGAGACCCUGGUGGUGGCUGACAAGAUGAUGGUGGCCUAUCACGGGCGCCGGGACGUGGAGCAGUAUGUGCUGGCCAUCAUGAACAUUGUUGCCAAACUUUUCCAGGACUCGAGUCUGGGAAGCACCGUUAACAUCCUCGUAACUCGCCUCAUCCUGCUCACGGAGGACCAGCCCACUCUGGAGAUCACCCACCAUGCCGGGAAGUCCCUGGACAGCUUCUGUAAGUGGCAGAAAUCCAUCGUGAACCACAGCGGCCAUGGCAAUGCCAUUCCAGAGAAUGGUGUGGCUAACCAUGACACAGCAGUGCUCAUCACACGCUAUGACAUCUGCAUCUACAAGAACAAACCCUGCGGCACACUAGGCCUGGCCCCGGUGGGCGGAAUGUGUGAGCGCGAGAGAAGCUGCAGCGUCAAUGAGGACAUUGGCCUGGCCACAGCCUUCACCAUUGCCCACGAGAUCGGGCACACAUUCGGCAUGAACCAUGACGGCGUGGGAAACAGCUGUGGGGCCCGUGGUCAGGACCCAGCCAAGCUCAUGGCUGCCCACAUUACCAUGAAGACCAACCCAUUCGUGUGGUCAUCCUGCAGCCGUGACUACAUUACCAGCUUUCUAGACUCGGGCCUGGGGCUCUGCCUGAACAACCGGCCCCCCAGACAGGACUUUGUGUACCCGACAGUGGCACCGGGCCAAGCCUACGAUGCAGAUGAGCAAUGCCGCUUUCAGCAUGGAGUCAAAUCGCGUCAGUGUAAAUACGGGGAGGUCUGCAGCGAGCUGUGGUGUCUGAGCAAGAGCAACCGGUGCAUCACCAACAGCAUCCCGGCCGCCGAGGGCACGCUGUGCCAGACGCACACCAUCGACAAGGGGUGGUGCUACAAACGGGUCUGUGUCCCCUUUGGGUCGCGCCCAGAGGGUGUGGACGGAGCCUGGGGGCCGUGGACUCCGUGGGGCGACUGCAGCCGGACCUGUGGUGGCGGCGUGUCCUCUUCUAGCCGUCACUGCGACAGCCCCAGGCCAACCAUCGGGGGCAAGUACUGUCUGGGUGAGAGAAGGCGGCACCGCUCCUGCAACACGGAUGACUGUCCCCCUGGCUCCCAGGACUUCAGAGAAGUGCAGUGUUCUGAAUUUGACAGCAUCCCUUUCCGUGGGAAAUUCUACACGUGGAAAACGUACCGGGGAGGGGGCGUGAAGGCCUGCUCGCUCACGUGCCUAGCGGAAGGCUUCAACUUCUACACGGAGAGGGCAGCAGCCGUGGUGGACGGGACACCCUGCCGUCCAGACACGGUGGACAUUUGCGUCAGUGGCGAAUGCAAGCACGUGGGCUGCGACCGAGUCCUGGGCUCCGACCUGCGGGAGGACAAGUGCCGAGUGUGUGGCGGUGACGGCAGUGCCUGCGAGACCAUCGAGGGCGUCUUCAGCCCAGCCUCACCUGGGGCCGGGUACGAGGAUGUCGUCUGGAUUCCCAAAGGCUCCGUCCACAUCUUCAUCCAGGAUCUGAACCUCUCUCUCAGUCACUUGGCCCUGAAGGGAGACCAGGAGUCCCUGCUGCUGGAGGGGCUGCCCGGGACCCCCCAGCCCCACCGUCUGCCCCUGGCUGGGACCACCUUUCAGCUGCGACAGGGGCCAGACCAGGUCCAGAGCCUCGAAGCCCUGGGACCGAUUAAUGCAUCUCUCAUCGUCAUGGUGCUGGCCCGGACCGAGCUGCCUGCCCUCCGCUACCGCUUCAAUGCCCCCAUCGCCCGUGACUCGCUGCCCCCCUACUCCUGGCACUAUGCGCCCUGGACCAAGUGCUCGGCCCAGUGUGCAGGCGGUAGCCAGGUGCAGGCGGUGGAGUGCCGCAACCAGCUGGACAGCUCCGCGGUCGCCCCCCACUACUGCAGUGCCCACAGCAAGCUGCCCAAAAGGCAGCGCGCCUGCAACACGGAGCCUUGCCCGCCAGACUGGGUUGUAGGGAACUGGUCGCUCUGCAGCCGCAGCUGCGAUGCAGGCGUGCGCAGCCGCUCGGUCGUGUGCCAGCGCCGCGUCUCUGCCGCGGAGGAGAAGGCGCUGGACGACAGCGCAUGCCCGCAGCCGCGCCCACCUGUACUGGAGGCCUGCCACGGCCCCACUUGCCCUCCGGAGUGGGCGGCCCUCGACUGGUCUGAGUGCACCCCCAGCUGCGGGCCGGGCCUCCGCCACCGCGUGGUCCUUUGCAAGAGCGCAGACCACCGCGCCACGCUGCCUCCGGCGCACUGCUCACCCGCCGCCAAGCCACCGGCCACCAUGCGCUGCAACUUGCGCCGCUGCCCCCCGGCCCGCUGGGUGGCUGGCGAGUGGGGUGAGUGCUCUGCACAGUGCGGCGUCGGGCAGCGGCAGCGCUCGGUGCGCUGCACUAGCCACACGGGCCAGGCGUCGCACGAGUGCACGGAGGCCCUGCGGCCGCCCACCACGCAGCAGUGUGAGGCCAAGUGCGACAGCCCAACCCCCGGGGACGGCCCUGAAGAGUGCAAGGAUGUGAACAAGGUCGCCUACUGCCCCCUGGUGCUCAAAUUUCAGUUCUGCAGCCGAGCCUACUUCCGCCAGAUGUGCUGCAAAACCUGCCAGGGCCACUAGGGGGCGCGCGGCACCCGGAGCCACAGCUGGCGGGGUCUCCGCCGCCAGCCCUGCAGCGGGCCGGCCAGAGGGGGCCCCGGGGGGGCGGGAACUGGGAGGGAAGGGUGAGACGGAGCCGGAAGUUAUUUAUUGGGAACCCCUGCAGGGCCCUGGCUGGGGGAUGGAGAGGGGCUGGCUAUCCCCCCCAGAGCCCCUCUUCAGCAUCCCCCCCCUUCCAGUUCACAUAGUGAGACCCCCCUCCAGGGUGGGUCUGGGGAGGGGACAGCUGUUCACCCCAGCACUCUUUGAACCCACCCUUAGGGAGUCCCCAACAUUCCCCCCCUCCUUUGAUCGGAAUAUGUACUGUGAAGAGUAGGGGUGGGGAGGUGGUCUGCCGGUGCCCUGCCCCCCAGCACUGCCCUACCCCUCCACUCCGAGCUGGGGGGGAGUCUGUGUCUGCUAUGGGAGGGGGGGGUAGCACCACCUCCCUGACACCCUCCCCUGACCUGACCAGGGGGAGGAUCCACCCCAACCUCUGCCCUGCCUGCCCCAGGGGCACCCCGACAUCCAGGCCACCCCCUCAUGGUGCUACAGACCCUGCCCUGGGGCCCACACACUCCUGCCAGGAAGCCCUACAUCAAUAAAGUCCUGUCUUGUGUAGAUUUCUACGAA